AUGCAUCCGAACAGGGCUGGCUACCUCACCCGCCUUAUCGUCCGUCAGCGUCGCUGGAGCCUAAUCUUUCGUGUGAACCAAACAGACCCGAAGACGACUGAAACUGCGAUCAUGGCAGACAAGACGGAGCUCGAUUCGAGCCUGCUGGAUCUUCCGCUGCCGCAACUUACCAAAACAACGAUAGCCAGCGAGUGCUGGGCCUCCCGGUACCAGGAUCCGCGCCUCAACAGCGUGGACUUUGACCUGCAAUCCUUUUGGACAUACUACAACAAAGAAUGCGCCAGGGCUCUCCACAACGGAGGGCGAUACGUGGCUCUGCGAUCGCACCGUGAUGUGGUCGACUGCAUUCGCAAACUCAAGAGCGGGAUGCUGCGCCAUGACAUCAAGGAGGAGCUGCGAGAGAAACUCACAGCGCUUCACGACAACGAAGACGAGAUGCUCGACAACUCGAUAGACUUGGCCGCCAGUCUGCUUUUGAUGAUAAGCUUCUGCAGCUUCGCGUACGGCUUCUCUGGCAGAAGCCAUCUCCGUUGGAGUCAUGGGUCCCUGGAGAGCUUUGUGUCAACCUACUUUGAUCCUGGAGCUGCCCAGCUGGCCAAGGAGAAUGUUAAGAUGGAGAAGAUAUUCACUGCGCGAAACCUGUGCCGUAUCGCAGGGCUGGAUAUCGUUUGGACUGAUAACUUGGUGGACCAUCUCCGAUUGACCGAUGACGAUCGACGUGUGCACGUCUUUCAUCAUGCUUCGUUCCUAUAUGUCCAACAGCAGAGGUUCACAAUUCUUCACGACCACUCAAUGUACGUGGAGACAAGGAAGUGGUUCUCCAAGCUGUCCGACGCGGGCCUUGACAAACGAGCCAUCCAGUGUGGACAACUAAAGACGGACCAUCGGCAAACUGAAAGGUUUAGAUUUUGGAAUGAUCGUCUUGUCGUGUUAAAGCAGGUCUUUGACGAAGCACAGCCGAAAUCGCUAUCGCAAUGGUGGCAUGAUAGGCGGAACGGCGUCCAAUGGUACCGCUCCUCGAUAGCAAAUCUUCCCAACGCACAUUGUCAUCCGCUAAUACCGGUCUCACCAACAGGUACACAUUCUGGGUAGCCGUCCUCGUCCUUGUGUUGACAAUCUUCUUUGGGUUGGUGCAAAGUAUUGAAGGUGCUUUGCAAGUGUACGCCUCCUUCAAAGGUCUCGAUGGAUCAACAUGAGAGUCAGGUAUACAUCCUACUGUCCACGAGCCAAGGUUCGGCAGCUACAAGCUCUACGGAGACGUAUAUGUUGGAACAAUGGAAAGGCGCAGGCAUAUUGAAUCGACCAUGAGACAAGACAACAAGCCCGUCAGUACCCCUACACAAAUAACAUCACUUGCAGACGGCACAUCUCAUCCGGCACAUGUCAGUCGCACGCCAAAACGUAACAAGGAAU